ACCGACCGAGCGCGGCGUGGAGCGGCGAGGCCCCGAAGGAAUGGUGGACGCGGGCCCGGCGGCGACGGUUUCCAGCUCCGCUCCUGCUGGCUGCUGAUCCGUCCCCCGCCCCUCUCGCCCGCGCCCGCGCCCGCGCCCUCGCCCGCCUCGCUCCGCCCGCCCCAACGACCGCAGACGACCUCCCGGCAGCCGAUACGGGCGCCCGCUGACAACAGCGCCGACCCUCGUUCACGGGCGUCGCCCCAGCAGGCGUCUGUGAUGACCAUGGCAAGCUCUGGCAGCGGUGCCGGGGACGCUGGCGGGGGCAGGAAGGGAGGCUCCCGCGCCCCCCAACCGCCCGAGGAGGAGCCUCUCCAACCCCCCGCCGCCGCCACCGCCGCCGCCGCCACCACUGCCGCCGCCACCGCCGCCGCUGCCGCCGCGACGACCGCCUCGCCCGCCGUCUCGUGCGCGGGCAACGUGUCGGGUCUUCCGCGGGCCAACGACAACUACGAGGAAGUCAGCAUCAUCGGCAACGGCGCAUACGGCACCGUGUACUGCGCGCGGGACCGGAACAACCCGGACCGCGUCGUGGCUCUCAAGAAAAUACGAAUCACCCUCAACGAAGACGGAGUUCCCGGAAACGCCGUCAGGGAGAUCGCGCUCCUGAAGCAGCUCGAGCGGUUCGAACAUCCGAAUAUUGUCAGAUUGCUGGACAUCUGCCGCGGCGGACUGGAGCGAGAGAACCGCCUCAACCUCUGCCUGGUGUUCGAAUACGUGAAGCAGGACCUGGAUCAGUACCUCAAGCGCUGCCCCUCACCCGGCCUCGAGCCUGCUAGAAUUAAGAGCUUGAUGCACCAGAUUCUGUGUGGCAUAGACUUCCUGCACAGUAAUCGCGUGAUCCAUCGAGACCUGAAGCCACAGAAUAUACUGGUGGAUGAGGGAGGCAGAGUAAAAAUCGCCGAUUUUGGCCUAGCGAGAAUAUACGACUUUAAUAUGAGAUUAACAACUAUGGUAGUGACAUUAUGGUAUCGAGCACCAGAAAUCCUAUUAAGCAACAGCUAUGCAACUCCUGUCGAUGUCUGGUCUUGCGGAUGUAUAUUUGCAGAGCUGUUUAGACGAAGACCUGUGUUCGAAGGACACACCGAAGGAGACCAGUUGCAAAGGAUAUUCGACGUCAUCGGGACGCCCCACGAGAGCGACUGGCCGCGCGACGUGUCCCUGAUGCGUAAUAAUUUCCGCCACCACCAGGGCAGGCACCUCAGAGAUGUCGUCCCUGAAAUCACCGACGACGCUGCAGAUCUGCUUCAGAAAAUGCUGAAGUUUGUCCCAAGUAUCCGCAUUCCUGCAGUAGAGGCGCUCCGACACCCCUAUUUCCAGGGACUUAUCACUCCCCGCAUCAUAGCCACGAGUAACAGGUCAACUCCCACACAGCAGGUUCUAAGUCCAGCUCCCCUUGCUACCAGUAGCCCUGCCAACACCCACCAUCAUCACCACCAACGGCAUGUUGCAACGAGCACCACUAAUACUUCUGUUGCCACUUCGGAAAGUAUCUCAGGACAGGCAGUUUUACCCGUACAGGUAACUGCAAAUGAUGAAAAUAAUCCAAAUGCAGGAAAUAGUGCCAAUACAAAUCCCAUAGUAUCACGAUUGCCCGAGCCCAAAGUUGCUGAACGUGCCAUUACAACCACUAACUCUUCAGUGACAGAAACGACCUCCUCUACAACAGUGGCAACUGUAAGUAGUGGUGGUCUGCCUCCCACCAGCAGUAGCUCAAAUCCUGUGGAAUAAUGAAAGUUUUAAUUACUGGAAGCAUAUAUCUACAGAAAUCUUAUGUUGUAAACCUAUUGAUUAUAAUAUAUUUUUUUCUGAGUGAUGUUGACUUUUAUGCCAGAAAUUCAAGAUACUAUUUGAUUCUGAAAUUUUAUAUACUUUAGUUCAAGGAUUAUUGAAAGAAAAAAACCUUCAGAUAUUGAAAAUUCUGUAACAGUGGUGAAUCAAGAGUUGACUUAGAGUGCCUGAUGUGUGUAUUUUUCUAAAUCAACAUAAGGAAAAAAAUAGUGCCUUGUGUUUGUGUGCAACUUGGAUGUUAAGGAGUGUAAUGCCCACUGUAGGAGUCUUUUUACUCCAUAUUAUGCUUAUUAGAAAGUUCCUUUUUGUAGUGUUGCUUGAUGUGAACGUUCCAUGAAAAGUCAGAAUAUGACUGAAACUAACAUCAAAAGCAUUCCCUCUGGCAUUCCUGAGAGAGUAAAAAAAAAAAAAAAAAUGUUAGUGAGUGGUGCUUAUUGAGUGAUGUAAUGUGGCAGUUUAUUAGACACUUAUUAAGGCAAAUAUUGCUUUAUGUUACUUGCUGGUCUCUCUGGCAAACCUCAGAACUGAAGAUAACAACUUAAAAAUCUGUUAAGAGAAUUAAGAGGCUCAAUUGGUCAGAUAAUGUAUACCAACAAAGGGAAGACCAAACAACACAGUGCAUAUGUUUUGUACUAACAGUAUUGUUGGUGCAAAGAGGUUUACAAUUUUAUUUUAUUAGGAUGGAUUAGAUUCAAAGCAAAAUUUGAUAUUUAUUGGUACUUAUGUGGUUUGAAGAGUGAUACUCAUUAUGAACCAAAUUUUUGUCCAAGAUUGUAACUGAAUAUGAUGUAACUCAUCCUAUCAAACACCUAUCUUGUAGACAAUAUAGGUCUUUGUUGAAGAUAAGGACCCUAUUUUUUUUAGCAAUCCAAAUUUAAGUAAUUAAAGAUAGAUAAUCUACAUUUCUCAGUGGAAUUGGGUGGUAGUAAUUGUAAUUACACAGCAAUGUGGAGUAAAGCAUUAGAACCUUCUAUUAGCAACUUUUUGACUGCUCAGAGGUAUGCAUAUCAUAAACAAUGCAAGUAUGUAUCAUUUUAUAACUGAAUUUUUUUAUGCUCUUAUUAUAAUUGCAACUUGUCUUGGUCCGUGAAUAGCUUGUGUCAUGUAUGAUUGCCAUUCAAAUUAAAGUUCCAACAGCCUGAUUUGACCUCAAAGCCCUUUCAACAGCAGAUGAGUGUAAAUGUUUCAUGUAUCACUUUUGCUUUAGCAUGUCAUCAUUAGAAACAUAACCCUGAGUCAUUAGGAUAGAUCCAAUUGAAAAGCUGAUGCCAGAUCUGUUCAAGUAUUGUUUUGUCGUAAAUCUGUUACACAUUAGAUUCUACAACUUUGUGGGUGCACAGUGAUUGCAGAAGUGCUAACAUUAGAUAUUUGCAUAUGGUUGAUGCAUUGUAAUGUUGAGUGAUAAAAUGUAUUGCAGCACUGUCAUGUCACACUGCAGACAGUAUGUGCACCACAAUUGACUUACUAGAACAUAAAGAAAUAUGAUAUGUAUCCAAAACCAAUGACAGUCUCUGACAUUAGUCAGCUUAAACGGUAAUUUAUUCAAACAGAAGUUGCAUAUUAUGCUAAGAUAUUGCUGGGUUGAAGGUAGGAGGAGUGUCUCUCUUGUAGAUGCACGCAGUAGAGUUAGACAAAGCACCCCAAGCUCUCUUCAGACCCAUACAUUUACCUGAGGUUAUUGCCAAUUAUUGUAAGUCAGGUGGUUUAGGUCCUACUUAUUUAUCUUACAGUUGUGAGUGUUUUAUCAUUCUUUAUUUAUAUGCAUGUACAUGGUGAGUGGUGUUGAAUAUCUGAACAGUAUGAAGAAAGCAAAUAAGAAAGACAGACUGUUGACAUUUUGAGUGAUACAUUGGUUCAAUGAGAAGUAUUUCUCUCACCGUCAAAAUGUCUUAGGCUUCAGCAGUAGCAUUUAAUUAGUGUAGUAUAAUCCAGCUUUCUGCAUUUGUUGUAUUCAUUCACAUUAAUCACUCAUUAGUUGGUGUUUAGUCAUUGCUGGCUGGUUGUCUUGUUGUUUGUAACUAAUUAAUUAUUUUGUUCAUUUAUCACCUAAGAGUAUUUAUGGUUAAUAUAAUUCAGUGCCUUCGUACAAGAUGCUGUUAAGAGUCCCUUUCAUUUCUUUUUCUUUUUUUAUCUUCAAUUGUAGAAUUUCGAUCCUCCUCCUCCCCCUGUAUCUUUUCUUUUUCUUAUUCUCUCCCUUUGCUUUUAUGCUUAUACCUGUUCCUUUUGUUUUUCUUAUUCCUAUUCCUCUUCUUAUUCUUAUCCUUUGCUCCAACUUUUCUUCCUUCUUCCAACUCUUUCUUUUUCUUCUUUAGAAAGUCAUGUUAAAUUCUUGUGUUUGCUCCUUCCCAUGUAUAAAGUCCUGUAAGUCUACAUAUACACAGAGAAAAUAUACACAAAGAUUAAACAUAGUUUUCUUUAUAAGAAAACUGACACUUUGCAAAGAAGAAAUGUCUUCGGAGGAGAGAUUUCAGUUUUGUUGAUUGAUAGAGUUCAGUAUAUAUGUUGGUUAUUAUUCUGUGUUUAAGCAGUAGAUGGACUUCACACACACACACAUAUCACAUGGAGAAGCAUCUACAAUGAAAGAUGAAAUGGAAGUCAAUCUAAUGGCUGUCACAAAAUAAGUAAAGAUGUGAUGACUUGUGCUUGAAAGAAAACCCUCACUUUCUCACGUAGUACUGACCACUAAAAAUGUUACCACAGAAGUGUAAGCAGUCUUGUUUUGAGGAAUGGAUUUAAAAAAAAAAAGUGCUGUUUUAGUAAGAGUGUUUAUAGAUCUUUUUACAUGAACAGGGAGCUUUAGUCAGUGCUACUGGUUAUAUGUGGUCUGUGAAUGUGGAGAAGCAACCAGUUAGUAUAUAAUUUAUUUAUUACUCAGUGAUGGAGAUAUUUUUACUGUUUUUUCUGGACAGUGGAAAAGAAGUAUCUCGGGGUAGUAAUGGUAUAAUGGGAGUACUUUAUCUGGUAAAAAUAUUACUGUGUCUUUAGUUCAUCUUGGGUUCUCAUGGAAUGAAAUUACAUUUUCAUCUUUUCACAUGGGUAUUUAUUUAUUAUUAUUAUCAUUAUUAUUAUACUUAUUAUUAUUAUUAUUUUUUUUUUUAUGAUUUCCUAGUUGUACGUAUGAACUGUACUUCAUUUACGCCUUGUAUGCUUUUCUGAGAAAAUGGAAACAAUGAUCUCUACCAUAAUUCAGUUUGUAGGAUAUGUGUGUAGAAAAGGACAAUAGUGUUUUCAGCAGAAUAUGCAGAUUUUUUAUUCAGAUUACGAAGAAUUUCUCGAUCACUUGUUCAUAAGAAUCUGACAGGCCAGCUACUUCAUGUUAUAUGAUAAAUGAAAACAACUACUCUGUGUUUUUUAUUUGGUCAUUUGUUUUUUUAUAAUUGGUUUAACAAGAAAGAAUGGUAGGAAUGAGUUUUUUGUUUUUUUCAAUUUAUAUUCUGUGAUUUGUUUCUUGUCUCAAGAAAUUUUAGGGAUGUUGUUUUAACUUCUAUGACCUUGAAAAUCACUCAAGGCACUUCUCACUACAAUGCCUUUCCACAGAUGUAAAUAUUAUUUUACAAGUUCAAUCUGUCUUUGCUGUCACUUGUUUCUGUGGAUGUUACUCAGGCAGUAAAUACAUUCAGCUUCCACUGCACAAAAGAUUCCAUGUAAAGUAAGGGAUGCAUUUAUGUACAUUCUUAUAGAUGAUAUUUAGAUACCUAUUUAAAAGUCAACUGGUUUCCCUGCUUUCAUUGUAUUCAACUCAUCUCCUUAAGACGAGGACAACGGUGUUAUCUCGAACGUUAUUUUUUAUUCCGAGUCUUUGGAUAUACCUGAAAUGCACAUGUUCUCACUUGAGAAAAAAUUAAAUAGCUCAUUUAUCCACUGACUGUAACAUUCCUUUAUAUUAUUCCAUUUGGGUAGUGUAAAAUCAUCAUUGUUUUAAAAGGCAAAUGAUGUAAUAGCUACUGAUUAGAAGGCAUUUUUAUUGACAAAAGUUAUUUUUUCAUCUUUCCAGAGUCAUUGCAGGAAAAAAUCAUAUAAAGAUAAAUAUUCCUAACAGAUCUGUAGCGAAUUUAACCUACUCUUAAGUCAUAUUGACGUUCUUAUUCACUGAUUAGGCGUUCUGUCCUCAUGCACAGGAAUAUCACCAUCUGUCUUAUUCAGAGGUUAUGGACUUUUGUUGAUAAUAUUAUGUGAAAAAAAAAAAUUCAAACUGCAACUAACAUGUACAAAAUGGUGCCACAUUAUACUUUUGCUGUAUAAUACUAAACCUCUGACCUUGCCAGUGACAUCAGCUUGACUGUAAGGAUUCUGAUGAAGGGAAUUUAUAGCAGUAAUUCGGAACUUAUAUACUAUCUCCAGCUGUUGCAAACUGAUGAGUCUCAAUUUUUAUUGUACGGUGUUUAUCGGGUUUUGUUGUUUCAUAUCUUGUGUUAACAGUAUGUUUUUUUGUUUUUCGUUUUUUGUUUUUUGCAAAAGUACUGAAAUUUAGAAUGCAUUUUAAAGAUGUUGUAGUAAACAUUUCACCAAGACUUUCAUAUUAUGAUUAUAAUUGGACUUUAAGAUUGCUAAGCUCAUCAGAAUCAUAGACCACAUCACCAUUUAACUACAAGACAGCUAAGGAAACUUCUGUCAACUCAAGUGUCGUAAAGAGCCUCUUCUGUGGAAUCAAAAGAGGCGUAUUCUUGAAAUGUGCUUAGCAGGAGUCCUUUGUUCUUUAUUGUUUAUUUCAUUUGGGUUGAAAUCUUGUAACUGUUACGUGCAUAUAUCCAUACGUAUUGUGUCACUGACUAUACGUCUUCAAAAGUGGAGAGUACGCAUUAGUGUUGUCCUGGUUAAAGGGCAAUCAAUUACUAAGCGGUUCAUGACAGUGGAGUGUGAUGCUGUCUUGCCAUCAAGUGCCUUACCUCAUGACUCAUGAAGCAUGAACUGUAUCAGACUAAAUAGUGCAUAUUAGUGCAUGAUAUAUAUUAUUACUACUGAUAUUCUGUACAUAAGGAACAUUUCCAGUUAUGUGCCUUAUGCUUCAAUGUAACACAUUUUCUUUUCCAUUUGGGAUGUCAUGUAAACUAACAGUGAUAGAUAUUUUGCUGGUUCCUUCUGAUCUCCAUACUUACCUAUUUACUCUGUAUAACAUUCAUAAUUAUCCAGCAUUAGUCAUUGUACAUCAAACUCAUACAAUAUGUUUUCCAAAAUAUUUUCCUUUCACUUUUGCUAAGCAUGCUUGAAGAAUGCAGCUCUAAGUCACAAUGCAUAUCUUCCCCCGUUGUCUGGGUUGCUCCAGUGGCCCGGCUCUGUAUUUAUACUUUUACUGUAGAAAUAAAUAAAAGUAAAAAUCCA